GCGUUUAAUCUCGAACCCAGUUGACAGUGUGCAACUGGCGUUGGUGUGUGUAGAGGUGCAAAGAACAGGCGCAUCUGUUUGUUUCUUUGCGGAGCACCAUGUCGGACCGGAGACGGCGGAACGUGUCGGACCUGGGUCCGCCUCCGCGAUGGCUCAACUGCCCCAGAAAGGGAGACCUUGUAGCAGAGAAGUUCUUGCCGUUCAAGACUCCGCUGAGCGGCGUCUACGACUCCCAGGUGCCGGAAGCUAACCGAUUCUACCCUUCCAUGCUGCUGGCAUCGUUGGCGAGAUACAAGGUGAAGCUGGGCCUCUGGAUCGACCUGACCAACACGGGCCGGUUCUACGACAGGAAGGAAGUGGAAGAAUGUGGCGUCAAGUACCUCAAGCUGCAGUGCAGGGGGCACGGCGAGUGUCCUUCCGUGGAACAGACGCAGACAUUCAUCCAGCUCUGUCAAAACUUCAUAUCCCAGAACCCGCUGGAAGUCAUAGGUGUCCACUGCACGCACGGCUUCAACAGGACGGGCUUCCUGAUUGCCGCAUACCUGGUCGAGAACAUGUCUUGGGGGGUGGAAGCUGCCGUGCAAGCGGUGUCAGUGGCCAGGCCUCCCGGCAUCUACAAGGGGGACUACCUGCUCGAGCUGUUCAAGCGCUACGGAGACAUGGCCGAAACCCCACCCCCUCCGCCGCGACCGGCCUGGUGCGACGAGGAAGACGAUGAUGUGGACGACGACGGCAACGCCUUGGGGGCGGACGACGGAGGCACCGACAGUCCCAUCCACACCAAGCGGCGGAAGGAGUUCAACAAGAAGAACCCAACCUUCAUGGAGGGCGUCCCGGGCAUUCAGCCAAUCACGACGCAGCCCAAGCUGGUCCAGAUACAGAGGCGGUGUCAGCACAUGUGUCACUGGGAGAGCUCCGGCUUUCCGGGCAGCCAGCCGGUCUCCAUGGACAAUUCCAACCUGCAGAUGUUGAAGCACAAGCCGUACAAAGUCAGUUGGAAAGCGGACGGGACGAGGUACAUGAUGCUGAUCGACGGAGAGAACGAGGUGUACUUCGUCGACCGGGACAACUGCGUCUUCCAGGCGUCGGGGCUUUGGUUUCCGCGGCGGAAGGAGCCCGGAAGCCACAUCCAGAACACCCUCGUGGACGGGGAGAUGAUCAUCGACAAGGCGGAAGGCAAGGACGUGCCGCGCUACCUCAUCUACGACAUUGUCCGGAUCGAGGUGAGGCUCCCUGGGGGGUUGGGGAGGGGUCUGACGGACUGGGACGUUGCAGGGGCAGGAGGUGGGCAAGACGGACUUCAACGUACGCCUCAUCUGCAUCUCGAAGGAGAUCUGCGAGCCCCGCAAGCGGGCCAUGAAGGAGGGCCGCAUCGACCGCAGCAAGGAGCCCUUUGGGGUGCGACAGAAGGACUUCUGGGACCUCACCUGCACCGAGUCGCUUCUGAGCGAGAAGUUCUCCCAGAAGAUGUCUCACGAAGUAGACGGCCUCAUCUUUCAACCCAUACCCGACCCGUACAUCUGCGGGCAAAGCCUCAACGUGCUCAAGUGGAAACCGCCGCACCUCAACUCCGUGGAUUUCCGGCUCAAGAUCUUCAAGGAGAGCGGUCAAGGCCUGGUGCCCAAACAGGUUGGUCAACUGUUUGUCGGCGGAUUCGACCAGCCUUUGGGAAGUAUCAAGGUAACCAAGGCAAUCAAGGCCCUGGACAACAAGAUCCUGGAGUGCAAGUGGGACAAGAACCAGUGGGUGUUGCUGCGGGAGCGGACGGACAAGUCCUUCCCCAACAGCUACAGCACGGCCAUGGGUGUCCUGCAGAGCAUCAGCAAACCGGUGACCAAGGAGAUCCUCUUGGAGUUCAUCCAGAAGGAGCGGUGGCAGCCCCCUCACAGGGGGCCCCCCUCCGUCGACAGCCAGCUCAUGCCACCCCCCAAGAUGGCUCGAUGAACGCUCUUUCGGGACGUAUUUAUUUCGCCUCAGUCGGUUUGCGGAGAGCCGGAAUCGGGACAGACCUUUGCUCGUCAAAAACUGCCCGUACAAAUUGAGCUCGGUUUGGAUGGCGAGUGAGCCUCGUCCAUGUUCACCAUAGAGUGUAAAAUCUCUUAUCUGCAGCUCGUGGAAUGGUUUUCACGAUGUGCUUUCGGAAGAUUGCCUCCGUGUUCCUAUCAAAAUGACCGGACCGGUUGCAGAUGGACGAAACUCGCAGACGGCAACGUACGCUCGGCGACAUUUAUGUUUUAUCCGAGUUGGUUCGGCCUCAGAGAUUCCACCUCUUUUUAUUUUUGUCGGAGUGGUCGUCUUUUUUCUGAAGUGGUGUCGUCUCGCGUCGGGCGGCUAGUUCCCACGGGCUCUAGAUUUGGGCCGUCGGCGCUACGAUAUUUUUUCUCGAACCGGCUUUGCCGCCGGUUCUAUGGGCAGUUGGGGAACUGCCGUGGAACCUCCCUUCCGCUUGUUCUUCGUUUGUGAAAGGUACAUUUUUUAAUUAAGGUGUAAAUAGCUCGUUGGGAGUGUGUACAGAGUUGACGAGUGAACCGUGUACCGGCUUCAGACAGUGGCCGAAACCUCGGAGGUUUUUCGUGUGUACAAAGUUGCCUAGUAAAACAGCCUUCUCUCUCAGCAGGAA